CGCUGCACACGCUACCCCGCAGUGCGAACAACCACGGUGCUGCAAGAAACCGAACACUACGGACCGCCCAUAAUGACAGUCAGAGUCAUCACGACAGCGGCGCUCAAACGCAUGAAGAACGGCGUCAUUGGCAACCCAUCAGCCAAGCUCGCCAUGUCUCGCGACACCGCGUUUAUCCACUCACUGGUAGGCUGCCUAAACUACCCACCGUCAUCAUAUGGAGAAGCUCAGGGGUCGCAAGACGACAUCCGUGUCGAGGCAGCACACGUCAUAUCAUCCAUAGCCUACGGCUCCGAAGACGCACUUAGAAGUCUGCUCCGUGCAAAUGCACCUCGAGCGUUCCUGAAAGCCCUUGCGGAUCUCGAGCCUGGCGAUUCAACUACACUCAAGUCAGCGCUUGCGAGGGGUUUGAGGGUGUUAUCUUCGUCAGUCGCAGUGGUGGUUGGACCUUCGCAAGUCGGGAUGACGACGUGGUCGUCCGACAUACGUGCAGAAUCGGAGGUGGCUCUGAACUACCUGCUUGAUUUCGAUUGCCUAGACAUCUACCUCCCCCUUCUCACCGACAAGUCCACUCAAACUGUAACGGCUAUUGCCCAGCUCAUCGGUGCUGUCGUGCGCUGCGAUGCUCAUCGAACCCUCGUCACAGAUUGGCUACCACCAGCUGAGCGACUGAAGGAGGUGAAGGGAAAGAGAGGCUGGGAGAGGUCGGAUAUCCUGCACUCUACUGGACCUGCUCGUCAGGGCGGAUGGGUCGUGCGACACCUCAUAGCGUUGGUCAACGGGCGAGACACAAAGCUGCAAGAAGCUGCACUGGGGGCUAUCGCAGCGCUUGCUCAGGGGAAUCCGACGGUUGCAACCGCUUUGACAGGUGGACACUCCGAGCGAGCCCGAGAUCCUUCCGCACCGUUCUCAGCAAUCGUUGCCCUCACCAAGAGUCGUUCUGUCAGCGUCCAGCUGGCAGCGUCGCUAUGCACGGCACACGUGGUACGAGCGAGUGCUAUCAACCAUCCCGAGGCAUUCGACCAUGCCUCCGCUCUCAGCGUUAUGCACGUCGUGAAUCGCCUACUGGGUCCUAGCAACGAGAAGCCUCUAGAUCGUGUCAAAGCGUGUUACACCCUGUACUACCUUGUAAGCGAUCACAAGGAGCUCUGCCGAGAAGCCGUCGAGCGCGGAACCCUCGACCGCCUCGCCGCCCUCGUCAAGUCCAUAACGCCCCUCGACAGGGACCCCGACUUGGAGGAGGACGAGCCUGAGAGCACGGUCAUGCUCCGCGAGGCCUGUUUCCAAGCCAUCGCUACCCUGGCGCUGCACGAGAACGCGCACCGGUGCGACAUCGCAGACAAACACUCGCUUGUGCCCUUCAUCCGCGCCUCGCUGACGCAUGAGAAUGUCGGCGUGCGGUACGCCGCGUGCCAGUGUGUCCGCACGCUGUCUCGCGCAGUGUCCAUCAUUCGUACAACGUUAGACGAUUCGGGGUUGGCUAUGGCACUCUUCGAGGUGUUCAAGAAAGAAGGCGAAGAUAUGCGCGUGACGCAUGUUGCGUUGCUCGCGAUGUGUAACCUGGUCAUCGAGUUUUCCCCACUGCAGCCUCAAAUGAUGAAGCAAGGGCUGUUAGAGCGUAUAACCCAGUUACUGAGAAAGGAGACGCAGUCGCAGAUACGCCUGAACGCGUUGUGGCUUUUACGAAAUCUACUGCACAAGAGCACAGAAGCAACAAAGGAUGAGGCGAUGGACACUCUUGGCUGGGAUCAAUUGCUUAGGUUCGCUACGGACCCGGACGUUGAGAUUCAGGAGCAGGCCAUCGCGAUCCUCAACAACCUUGUAGCAGACGAAGCCGGCUGCGACCUGCUGUUUGACAACAUUGACGCCGACGAUCUCGUAGACUGUCUUAUUUGCGGUUUGGACUCCGAGAAUGAGGACGUCACGCGGCAGACUGCCCACCUGCUCGGCAACCUCGCCAACGCUCCGCCAGCGCAUCAAGACACCAUCUUCUCGCGGUACACCAUCCUCAACGCGAUCCACCAGUGCCUCACCGACACCAAACCCGACACCCGCGUGCCCCUCCUCUCCUGUGUACAGCAGCUCCUGCUCUCCACCUCCGUCUCGCGACGGCGCACCGAGCUCGCAGAAGCCGGACUGAUUGGCACCCUGCGCCACCUCGCGGACCUUGGCACGGCGCACGGUAUCGGGGCUAUGCCAGGCGGAAUGAACGUCAGUAUGAGCCCGGGUGGACGGUUUGCUGGGCACGCGCAUCUGAGGCUUGAGGACGAGCGGGAGGUGUCGAUACUUGCGAGGACGAUAUUGGAUAUUUUGGAGCUUCCUGGGGAAUAUCGGUGACAAUAUUGAUGAUUGGUUUUCUUCGUAUAUGCGUAGUAGUUGGUUUGCUGUUUUAUAGGGAUGACUGGGCUAAACUGUCACGCUUGAUUGAUAUGUUGUGGAUCGUAUAUCUCAGUAUAACCUUAGAUACUUAACAUCGGUGGUCCUAUAGUACCUUCUGUGCAUGUCUUGUACUUUGUGCCCUUCCGCGGCGGCGUCUCGCCUUGCUUCUCUCUCCUCCACUCACUAGGGCCUUGAUACGUUACCCAGUCCACAUUGUAUGGUCACAAUGUUUGUCAAGUUAAAAU